AUGCAAAUCCCAAGGAAAAUUAUAUUUUUUUUUAAUUUGGUUAUAUUAUUUGUAUUUUUAAAUAUUGAGCGUGUAGAAUUAAAGUUAAAUAAUAUAAUAUACGACAAUAAUAAUAUUAAUAAUUAUAAAUAUUAUGUAAACAAUAACAAUGAUGACAAUAGUCGAGGAAAGGAUUCUGUUGAUAAUGUAGACACAACAAAAAACAUUGAUGUUGAUAAUAAUGAGAAUGAAGAAAUAAAUAGUUUGGAUGAUUCUAAUAAGGAGGAUGAAAAUGCAUCUGACGAAGAUAACGCUCAACAUGAAGAAAAUCUUUAUCACGAAGAAAAGGAUGAUAUUAAUAUUGAAGAAGAUCUUGAUAACGAAGAUAAGAUGUAUUAUGAAGGAAACCCAAAAAAUGAAGAAAGUGCAUUUGAUGAGGAUAACUCAUCACACGAUCGUGUGAAUUAUGAUGAUAAUUCAUAUGAGAACUCAAAACACUUUAGCCAAGCUACCAAUGCUUACGAAACAAAUGAAAACGUAGUUGUAGACAAUAAGAAAGAUGACAAUGAAGAAAGAGACAGUGAAUAUUAUUUAAAGAGUGAAGAAGGCGAUAUUAUAACUGUUAACAAAAAAGAAGAAAAUGGCAGUUUGAAUGUAAACGAACAUGCACAUGCCAUGGUGUUUGAGAAUAAUAUAAAGAAAGAAGUCGAAGAAAAUAUGAACAAGGAAAUCGUUUUUGAAAGUGAAGAAGAGGAGAACAAGAAUGACAUGAAGGAAGAAGAUAAAGGAGAUGUUUUAAGCACAAGUGAUGACAAAAAUAAUGAUGUUAACAAUAAUGAUGAUGAUGACAACAAUAAUGAUGAUGAUGACAAUAAUGAUGAUGAUGACAACAAUAAUGAUGACGAUGAUGAUGACAACAUUAUUGAUGAUGAUGAUGAUGAUGAUGACGAUGAAGAUGAUGAUGAUGAUGAAGAUGAAGAAGAAGAUGACGAAGAGUAUCAUGUGAAUAAAGAGAAUAAUGAGAAAAUAGAUACAAACAAUGAUGUAAUAUUGAUAGGAAAGAAAAAGAUAUCAGCAGAUUCUCCAAGAGAUGAAUUAUCUAGAAAUAAUGAAAAUGAAUAUUAUAUAUAUAAUAUUGAAGAAGAUGGUAAAGAAAGAAAUGAAGAAUAUUACAAAGAAGAAGAACAGAAUAGUCCAAUGAUAUCUAAUAUAAAUAAUCCAUGGAAUAGUUUAUUUAAUAUAUUUAGAAAGAAUAAUAAUUCUCGAUUUAUAAAUAAUAUAAAUAUGUUUAGAAAAGAGAUACAGAAUGAAUUUUCCUUUAGAAAUGGAUUAUAUUUUAGUCCAACAACAGUAGGUGAAUAUAAUAAAUUAGUAGAUGGAAAGAGAUAUGCAUAUAUAAAAUUACCAGAAAAUACUUUGAUCUUUGUAAUAACAGCUAAUAAAUUUUUUUUUCAAGAUCUUAUAUAUUCAAAUAAUAAAUAUUUGUCUGUAAAAAGAAAAUUUACUUUUGUAAUGAAUUACAUCAUACGUAAUUUGAAGAAGAAGUUUUUUUUUAGAAAUUAUCAAUAUCAAUAUUUAUUUAAAGAUGAUUCUUUUGCAUAUGAUACAACAAGAAGAUUAUUAGAUAUGGAUUUAUUAGGAGAACUAUCUAGAGUAACUCAGACAAUACAUCUAGGAGAUUUUGAAAAAAGAAAAGUUAGCAUGCAUAAAUUAUAUGGUGGAUGGUUUCAUUUCUUAGGUAUUAUGGUUGUAAAUGGAUAUAAUUGUAAUAUAUAUGAAAAAAAUAUUAAUGUUGAAAAAAUACAAGUAAUUCCAAAACAUUUGAUACAUGAAUUUAAAGAAUUAGUUAAUAAAAAACAUGAUGAUUAUCAUAGUGGUUAUGUAGUAGGUUUAUGGAGAGAUUUUCCAAGGAAUACAUUUUUACCUUGGAGAUUUUCUGUGGAAUUAUUUUUAUGGGAUUUAUUAAAUGUUUUACCACAUGAAUUACCACAUCCAGCUAAAUUAAUAAUGACUUAUAAUAAUAAUAUGAAUGCAUUAUAUCAAAAUGGACACCACGAAGAAACAGAAAAGAAUUUGGUUCAAGGUUCAUCUAGUAUGGUUAGAAAUAUUAACAGUAAUGAUAAUAUGAACAAUGAUGAUAACUAUUUAUAUGAUCAGACCAAACAAAUAAAAGACAAGAAUUAUUAUAAAAUUUUAUUAAAUAUAUGGCCAGAAAAAAUUAAAAAUAUUGUUAGAAAACAUCCAGGUUUUGAUGUUGCUCUUAUAUCAGAAGAAGAUUAUUUGAAUAACAUAAAUAAUGAUGAUGCUGAUUAUUAUUAUUUAAUUGAUAAUAAUAAUAAUAAUAAUAAUAAUAAUAAUAAUAAUUAUGGAUAUAUUUUCUUAAUCUUAUUAAACAAAAACUUCUUUGUUGAUGAUUUUAUGAAAAGUACAAAUUAUGAACUAGCCAAAAAAAAUUAUUUCUGUGAUAAAAUGAAAGAAAUUAUGGAAGAUAUAGAAAAAUUAUUAGAUGAGUUGAAACAUAAAUAUUGUCCAAAUGAUGACAACAAUGAUAAUCAUGAUGAUAAUAAUGAUGACAACAAUGAUAAUCAUGAUGAUAAUAAUAAUAAUGAUGAUAAUAAUAAUGAUGAUAAUAAUAAUAAUUUGCCAACUGAACACCUCCCAUAUGCUACCUUUUACAAUUAUCUUACUGACAAAUCGAAUUAUAAAAAAUUCAAUCCACACGUUCUUGGAGAAAUUGCUGGUAUUACUAAACAUCUAAGAUGUGAAGACUUUCCAAAUAUUGCAGACACAUGUGAUCAUAAUAUUUCAAUCCAUCAUAAGUAUGGAGGUUGGUUUGAAUUUGGUGGAGCCAUACAUCUAAAGAACAUGAAUUAUAUUGAACCAUCAUAUGAACAACAUGAUGAUAUUAUGAAAGAUACAUAUAAAGAAGUUAUUUUAGCUCAAGCUAAUUGUAAAUGUCAAAGUAUUGGUUUAUGGAGGGAUAUCCCAGAAAAAGAUAUGUCGCCCUAUAGAUAUCCUUUGAAUGUUUUUGUUUUAGAAAAUCCAAGAUUUAAUUUAUUGAACUUACAAGAUAUACAUCCAUAUCUAUUAGUUGAUAUAUUAAAUAAAGGAUUAAAUGCUAUGAAAUCAUAUGCAAGUGGAAAAAUGUAUAAUAUUGUAACCUCCAAGGAAGAAAUACCAAAUGAAAGUGAAGACCAAGAUCAUGUUGAUAAUAAAAAUAAUGCUGACCAUGCUUAUUUGAAUGAUUAUCAUAGUGAAAGUACAGAUGUUCCAGAUGAAGAAGAAAAAGAAAAGGAAGACCAACAGGAAGAUGAAAAUGAUGAAUAUGAUGAAAAUGAUGAAAAUGAUGAAAAUGAUGAAAAUGACGAAUAUGAUGAAGAAGAAGAAAAAGACAACACCACAACCUCACAAUCAAAAGAUGUUGAUGAUAAUGGUCCAAACGAUCCAUUUUAUGAUGGUACCUUUAAUGUUUUAAAUAAUUCAAAUGGGCAAACAGUUUCAAAAGAUGUUGAUGAUAAUGGUCCAAACGAUCCAUUUUAUGAUGGCACCUUUAAUGUUUUAAAUAAUUCAAAUGGGCAAACAGUUUCAAAAGAUGUUGAUGAUAAUGGACCUAAUGACCCAUUCUAUGAUGGCACCUUUAAUGUUUUGAAUAAAUCAAAUGUGCAACCAAAUGAAAAAACAA